GAACGUCCAAGCACGGAGACGGCGGAUAUCAAACCUCAGGAGCAGAAGCUCAAGGAGGAGUCUUCCUCCGAGAAGAAGUUGGAGGAUGCUGGAGAGGUGGUCGAAGAGCAAAAUCUGCAGGAGAAUGAGUCUGAUGAUGAUGGUGAAGUUCUGGAGGACGAUGUUGAGACUGCCGCGGAUGAUGCAAAAGCAGAAGAAGAGCAAGCCCAAGACGAGGAGUCCGAGGAUGCUGGAGAGGUGGCUGAAGAGCAAAAGCUGCAGGAGAAUGAUUCUGAUGACCGCCAAGCUCAGGAGGAGGGAGAUGCCUGUGAGACUGGAUCAGAUGAAAGCGCAGAGGAGGAAGCCAAUGACGAGGCCGGUACUCCAAAGAGUGAAACGGAGACUGAACAGGAGGACGCCAUGGCAGUUGACGAGCAGGACAAGACGUCCGAGGUGCCGACAGAUGCAGAGGACGCCUCACAGAUGCCACGCCGCCGUAGGAAGAGGAGGCGCCGCAGAUGCUCAAGUCCCAGCAAGCGUCCUCGUCGCCGACAUGCUCACCGUAGAAGGCGGAACUCGCGAAAGUUGCGUAAGCCUCGCGCACGCCUGCUGUCCAGACAGCAGCGUGGUGAGGCGAAG